GAUUUGUGUUUAUAUUCAGCUCUUCUUUGCGUGAGAGGACAGAAAAUGGUUAGAGAUAAAUAAACGCAACACGUGCCCCGGAGCUGAAAAAAGAAGAUGUGGAAAUAUUUUGCAUUAAUUCGCUAUCUUGUUCCACUGGCUUUGACUAAUAUUGCACCAGAUAUUGCUAAACAGGUGUUAAACAGAGGAAUCACAGCCACUGAUGAUGUGGAAGACACUUUGGCAAGUUUUGGCCUUGCCUAUGGUAUUGUGGAGCUCAUGUUUGGCAGCUUGACUGAAAUGCGUAAUGUAGGCCUGGUACUCUUAGUGUCCAGAAAGGAUAGAAUCAAGGGUCUUCUGACAGGUGGAGUGAUCGCCAUGGUGGGGUUUGUCUUGCUGCUAAUUACAGGUUACACAGUGGUUGGGACAUAUUUGAUAGAAAAACUUCACCAAGUAGAUGAGCAUGUGAGCGAAAUGACGAAGACUGCUCUGGUUUAUCUUUCUUUAAUUCCCCUCCUAGAAGUAUUGGCCCAGGCCCAUGCUGGAAUGUUACUUCAACAUCGGCACAGUCUGCUGGUGGGGGUAUCUUCCCUCAGUGAUGUCAUUACUCAGUUUGUCAUGAUCGUGGGGUUGAUCAUGACUCCACUGAAAAACGAAGACCCCAUCCUAAUCCCGGUGCUGGCAGUCUAUGCUGGCUUCACAUGCAGGGUGGUUAUCAAUGUGAUAGGCUACUAUUGCACUGUGGAGAAACUCAUGAAGGAGGAAGCAGAGGUUCCACUAACAAUACCAAAGCUUUUGCACUUUCUCUGGCCUCUGUGGUUAGUUCAGAUAGCACAUAAAAUCAGUCGUCCUAUGAUUAGCAUGGUAGCAGCACGAAGUGCUAAAAAUAGUGCCAGAGCUACCGAAACCAUCGCUGUGUUGGCCUUGACCUUUCCCUUGGCCAGAGUGUUCUAUGGCUGGCUGAACAACCUCAAGGCUGUACUGCCUCCGUUCUCCAAGGAAACCAAAGAACACAGAGCUUAUAGUGUCAGAGAGAUCACAUAUUUCUCCAUGGGCUGCUGUGUCUUUGCUGCAAUGUUUGCCUUCCCCCUGGCGUGGGUACCAGGCUCAGCUCAGGCUAUGGUGGCUACACUGAUGGGUGUUAACUUGACCCUGGCAGGGGAGUGUGUGAUCCCCAUACAGAUCUUUACCUUUAUGGGAAUAUGUGUCACAUUCCGAGCACACCUCACUGGUUGGCUUUUGAGCAAGAAGAAGACAAAGCUCCUGGCGCCCUCAGGUGUUGUCAGACUUGUGGCCAUCAUUGCUGCCCUCUUUAUUUUGCCUUUACUAGGGGUCAAGGAGGCCCCUAUGGGGGUGGCUGCACUAUUGAUAGGUUUUAUUACUGAGGCACUGAUGGUCAUUAUUGGUGCUACUUAUGUCCUGAAAACUCAGACUUAUGACUCAGUUCAACUGGCAUCCGAACAACAGCUUCAACUUCCAGAGUUGUACAAUCCCCGUCUCUCUGGCAUGGCUGUGGAGUCAAUGGAGUCCAUUUAUAUCGGGAAGGGUUUUAUUUCUCCAGCUCAGGAUCACCACCAAGGCCCAUCACAUACAGAUGUUCCAAACACUCAGGAGUUGAGUCAUACAGAUGAAAAUCAUCAAAAUGGUAUUGGGGUAGAAAAGCCUGAUUCAAAUGAGCAUACAGAGCUUUCUGUGUUGAACGCAUAGUAGGAUUCUGGGUUUACUGCUGGACCUCAUCUAAGACCCUUUUCACAGAAAACAGUAUACACUAUGGCAAUACAAUCUGUACUGGUAGACUUUGGGAAGUACACACAUGUAAUUCAAUUGUGUUACACAGCAUUAGCUAGGUUUUGUUAUAUGACUCUACUAUUAUAUUAUUAUUAUACUAUUAUCAGGCCAUUCAGUUGUCAGUCUCUCAAAUUGUACAUCCUGUAUAUCUUAAGUGUGCUGCUUGAUGUGAAAAGUGUUCAUGUGGAUGAAUUGGUGUUUGUUAUUGGUGCAUUGAACCAGUGGAUCUAGGAAUUGAGGAUUGAGGGGAGA